AUGUCAGGGAUGGAUGUCCUACUGGUGGACCGUAAUGACACUGGAAUCACCCCGGUGGCUAACGGGACUUUCCUCCGUUUCUUCCCCACCUCUGCGUCUACCUCGGCGGCCGCCUCGUCCCCCGGACGUCAGGGCAAUGUUUACGUGUACGUGUGGCUCUUCCUCGGCCUGCUGGUAUUCCUGCUGACACUGCUCAUCAUCUCCCUUCACAGGCUGAAGAACAUCAUCUCCUCCUCCUCCUCCUCCAUCCCCGACUGCAGCAGCGAGGGAGGAAGCUCCUUCACCAACAUGGAAAUCUGCAGCAUCUCCUCUCAGAGGUCCACCAUCUCCGCACUGUCCACCUGA